UUCAUCAACAACUACUAUAGGAAGCUCCCUGUGCAAAGCUGCAUUACAAUAAUCGCCUUCAAUUUCUCCGUUAAUUAAUAAUAAAUUAAUAAAAUAAAAUGCCUUCAGGAGAAGAUGCAAUUAGGAAAAAGAAAAACAAAUUAAUCAGAAAGAAGCUGCGUAGCGAGUCAAACAAAGUCUCUAAUCGUAUCGCCGCCAUUAUCGCUCAGAAAAAACGCCGCCAAUCUGGCAAACGCAGAAUGUGUCAGGGGAUGUGUUUUAGCCUCCCCACACUCGAAGAUCCAUUUAAUGAUGGCCUUAUGAAUAAGGAUGUUAAGAAAAAGGACAAGAAGAAAAAGACUAAGAAAGAUAAGCAAUCUAAAAAUGUUGAUAUUGUGACUGAAAAUGGAAGCGAUGUUUCCCAGAAUAAGAGGAAGGCCAACCAGUCUAUAGGAUCAAAAGGAAAAGGCGAGAUAUCAAAGAGGGCGAGGGUUAAGAUUGAGUCAACACAGCGAGAUAAGAAAGGAAGCGACACAAAGCUUAAUGGGAAUGUUACCAAGGAUGAAGGUUGCCCAUCAAAAUUUUUGAUUUCGUGUUUGAAGACGGUACAAGAUAUGAUGCUUCAUAAUGAAGCUUUUGAACGUGGUAAACCUUUGUUUUUUGACUCAUGGGGGUUUGAAUUUUGGAGAUGCCAUUCGAGUGGAACACAUGUGUUGGAGACAAGAGGAGGUGCUUCUAUGGAGCAAAUUGCGUGGAUAGGUGCAUCUGCUGUUGAUACCAUUACAAGAAAGGAAAAAGAAGGUGUAUCUUUUACGAGCCCUUACCUUUUGUUUCUUGUACCUUCACAAGAAAAAGCAACACAGGUACGUGCUGUGUGCAAGCCUAUGAAGGCAUUCGGAAUACAUACUGUGAGUCUACAUCCUGGUGCCUCUGUAGAUCAUCAAGUUCUUGGAUUAAAAACUUGUGAGCCAGAAUUCAUUGUAUGCACGCCGGACAGGCUUUUGGAGCUUGUUUCCAUGGAGGCCAUUGAUAUUUCCGGAGUUCGUUCACUGAUUAUUGAUGAACUGGAUCCUUCUACCGGAGAUGCUUACCUUGAUAGCAUCAAAUCUAUUCGGAAGCUUAUUUCUGUUGACCCACAUACGGUGCUUUUUACAAGUGGGUUGAUCGAUACAUAUUUAUCUGCCAUAUCAAGUCUUCUGCCAAGCCCAAUGUGUAAAUUGUCAUGAGAGGAAAAGCUGCAUAAGGUCUGAAAGCUGCAUAAGUAAGAAUGCACUUACAGUUUCUGGAUGUAUUCGGAUUUUGAUGAGCGGAUUCAACAAUUUAAGUGAGGUUGAGAUGGUAGUUAUGUAUUUUUGAUAUUGCAUUAGACGAUUCAAAGAUCCCCACAUGAAGGAUGGCACUAUAUAUCGCAUUAGGGAAAUUGCACCGUCAAUUUAACCAAAGAAGAAUGUAACAAUUGGAGGCAUCAUUAGCCAAAGUUCGUCAACUAGUCGGCAACAAGUGCAUCAAGUCCUAAAACAACUAUGUAUUCCCCAAAAGUCCUUUGUCUUUACAACACUAGUUUCAGUGUUUUUAAAAGCGUACUCGUUUUUAUCACCACAUUUGGAUUUUCACCUAUGUUCUGUUCUAAUUUUGAUCUCAAAUAUUUUACAUCACUUUGGUACAAAUGAUCUUAACAUGAUACAUGCUAUAAUAAUUAAUACUAAAAUGUUGAGUUGACACCAA